AUGUUGUCGUCUCCAAAUUCGGGGUAAGUCUUCCAGCACUUUAAUUCUUUCAGAAAACGCCCGCUUUCAGAGGAAGUUCAAAUGAUUCAACAACCACAACAAUCGAAAAAGAGGCAUACUACCAUGGACUUUUGCCGCGAGAAGACGUUCGGCUGCUGCUCGACAAAAACGGCGACUAUCUGGUGCGCUCGUCGGAGGCGACGAAGGGAGAAGUCUCGAGAUCGUACAUUGUCAGCGUGAUGUUCGAUAAUAAACUGGACGAGGAGCACUCGGUGAGCAUGAAGGCUGGUUGCAAAGUGUCCAACGCACAUCAUGAUUCCAGGUGAAGCACUACGUUGUCAAUCAUGCGGACCGGAAGUACUGGGUCAGCCAGGAGGCGUCGUUCGAUUCCAUCCAGUUCCUCAUCGCCCACUAUUCCAAGACGCCAAGUGCCGAUGUGAUCAAGAUGGUCUCUCCGGUCAAACGAGUCUUCUGGGAAUUGGAGCACGAAUCGAUCACGAUCCUCAAAAAGUUGGGAGAAGGCGCGUUCGGCGAGGUUUCAGCCGGAUCGCUGAAAUUCAAGAAGGGAGGAAAGCAAGUGUCGGUGGCGGUGAAGCAGGCGAAACUCGAGAAGAUGGGCAAGGAGCAGAUCAAGGACUUCAUGGCCGAGGCGCGGAACAUGCGGAAGUUCGGCCAUCAGAACGUCGUCCGCUUCUACGGAGUCGCCGUCCUUCAGGAGCCGCUCUACCUCGUGAUGGAGUUGGCGACCGGCGGAGCACUGGAUCAUUACCUGAAGAAGAACGAGGACUUGUCGGUGGAGAAGCGCAACGAGAUGCUAUUGCAGGCGGCGUGGGGACUCGAGUACCUGCACGGAAAGCCCGUCUUGCACAGAGACAUCGCCGCGCGUAACUGCCUUUACGGCGACGGAAAAGUCAAAAUUUCCGACUUUGGACUCACGCGCACCGGCACGUUCUACCAGAUGCGCGCCGGCGGAAAGGUCCCGAUCCGAUGGCUCGCGCUCGAAACGAUCAAAACGUUCAUCUACACGCAGAAGACGGACGUCUGGAGCUACGGCAUUAUGGCCUGGGAGAUUUACAAUAACGGCGGCGAGCCGUAUCCCGGACUGACCCUUCCGGAAGUGACGACUCAGAUUCAGAGCGGCUACCGCAUGACUCUGCCGCCGCACGCGACGCCCGACGUUCAGACCCUUGUCACGGUGAGAAUUGAGGGAGGAUGGCGCCUGAAAAUCGAAUAAAAGUGUUCAGAAGUGUUGGGCCGAGAACGCGAACGAUCGUCCGACGAUGCCCGACAUCGCCACCGCUCUCCAACGCAUUACCGGCAUUCACAGACCGAAUUUUGCGGCGAUCGCGCGGAAGGAAGCCGAGGAGGUAGGGGACACUUUGCAACCGGAGCAAUUCGUUUCAAUUGCGAUUCUUUCAGCUGCUGCUCAUGAACACGGCGACGCACAAGGGAACGCAGCGUCGGAGAGCGAAGAAGGCGGCGGUUCCGAAGGGAAUGUGA